AUAUAGAGUAAACGCUUGUGUUAAUUACCAACGGGUAUAGUUACGUUAAACAACGACAGCACUAGCUAGCUAUGUGAAAUACAUGUGAAGUUAUUUAAAAAAAAAAGACGUGACGUGGAAAUCAGCCAUCGUUGGUUGUCGUCUCCCUGGUUAAGGAUCAGCUAACUAGCUCUGUGCUAACGUUAGCUGUGCUCGUUAGCGAGCUAACAAAGAGCCGUUGCUCCUCCUUGCUUUGUAUGCUCGAUGUUGCCAUUUCAAAUGGUUGUGCUGUCACUUGUAAGACGGUGAAGAAAUAGUGAAACUGGACCUGAGCAUAUUCAGUGUCUGACCAUCCUGACAUUGCCUACAGUAGGAAGUUCGGUGCCUGUUGUAGGCUGUACAUGUUUGUUCCCGAUCAGUGAUUCCUUAUGCCUGAUAGAAGCUGCACCCUGUGUCUUACAGGAUGGAUGUUGUAGACUUAAAGAGACUUGUGUAUCAACAACAGCACUCUGUGUUUUGCUGUGGUGUUCAAUCUUUUACCAUUUACAAGAGAACACCUCCCAUCCCACACCUCCAGUCUCUGCACUAUAUAUAUAAGGAUUGUCUUUGAGCAAUAAAGACAGACAGAGAUAGAAGUUGUAAGACUUUCUGUCUUUUUUUUCUUUUUGAAGCACAGAUCAAUACUGCUUAUAUAAGCCUAUAUGGUGGACAUGGAAGUAUCCUUAUUUUAAUUUUUCAGUUAUUGUACCCCCUUACUCUUAGUGUGGGUGGUGGGAUGUCGGAAAAGCCAGACGACAAAAUGGUGAAGUUCCUGGCUCCCCCUCAGAAGAGUGGAAAUGGCCCCAGUUCUGGUUCAGAUUCGAUGAUGAGUGAAUCCCGGCCAGCAGAAGUGAGACGCCGGCAUCACACCAUGGAACGUGAUCGAUGUAACCCUGAACACCGUUUCUUACGCCGCAGUGUCAUCAGUGAUUCCAAUGCUACGGCAUUGGCCCUCCCUUUACCCAGUAAGAUCCCCAUCCCCGCACCUCAACGAGUUCAGCCACGGGAAGCUGUCCAUCAGCGGCAACAGGUUUCUGUUGCUGCUCAUUUGCCACGGGCUAAACCAAGUUUAGCUCAAAAUGAAGAGUCUGUUGAUAGUGGAGGAGGUGGAGGAAAAGAUAUAGAAAUAGCCAAGGUAGAUGUAGUGCCUUCAGAGCAGGAGCCUGCCUUCGUACAAGAUAUCUGUGAUAGAGAGGCGGUAGCCGCCUGCUCCGCACCAGACUUAGGAUUGGAAUUGCCAAGUCAAACGGAACCGGAAAGCACCACUGAGGUGAAGGUACACCAUGAAGAAGAGGGGGAGGAAGACGAUAAGGACUCUGCCAAGGCGCGGGCAGAAGCAGAGCAGAGAGAAGCUGAGAAAAAAGUGCAGGACGACAUUGAAGAGGCAGAGACCAAAGCAGUGGGAACAUCACCAGAUGGGCGUUUCCUGAAGUUUGAUAUAGAAAUUGGACGUGGCUCCUUCAAGACUGUCUACAAGGGCUUGGACACCGAGACCACAGUGGAGGUGGCUUGGUGUGAGCUGCAGGAUCGUAAGCUGUCAAAGUCAGAGAGGCAACGCUUUAAGGAGGAAGCGGGGAUGUUGAAGGGACUACAGCAUCCCAACAUUGUCCGCUUUUAUGACUCCUGGGAGGGACCCUCCAAAGGCAGGAAGUGCAUUGUACUGGUCACUGAACUCAUGACUUCUGGCACACUUAAAACAUAUCUGAAGCGGUUCAAGGUGAUGAAAAUUAAAGUUCUGCGGAGCUGGUGUAGACAAAUCCUCAAGGGGCUCCACUUCCUUCAUACUCGGGCUCCCCCUAUCAUCCACAGGGACCUUAAGUGCGACAACAUUUUCAUCACAGGCCCAACAGGAUCCGUCAAGAUUGGAGACUUGGGACUGGCCACACUCAAGCGUGCGUCAUUUGCCAAGAGUGUUAUAGGUACCCCUGAGUUCAUGGCGCCUGAGAUGUAUGAGGAGAAGUACGACGAGUCAGUGGAUGUGUAUGCCUUUGGAAUGUGCAUGCUGGAGAUGGCCACCUCAGAGUACCCUUACUCAGAGUGCCAGAAUGCUGCACAGAUCUACCGCAGAGUUACCAGCGGGGUGAAGCCGGGUAGCUUUGACAAGGUGGCCAUUCCUGAAGUGAAGGAGAUCAUCGAAGGAUGUAUUCGCCAGAACAAGGAUGAGAGGUACUCGAUCAAGGACCUUCUGAACCAUGCCUUCUUCCAGGAGGACACAGGAGUACGUGUGGAGUUGGCAGAAGAGGAUGAUGGAGAGAUGGAGGCUAUUAAGCUGUGGCUGAGAAUUGAGGAUGUGAAGAAACUCAAGGGGAAGUACAAGGACAACGAAGCUAUUGAGUUUUCUUUUGACCUCAACAAAGAUGUCCCAGAAGAUGUGGCUCAGGAAAUGGUUGAGUCUGGUUAUGUGUGCGAAGGUGACCAUAAGACCAUUGCGAAGGCCAUAAAGGACAGGGUGUCUCUAAUCAGUCGGAAGAGAGCACAGCGGCAGCAGGUCAGGGAGGAUCAAGAGAAGAGAAGACUGGAAGAAGAACAGCAGAGUCAAUUGCUGCCAGCACAGCAACCAGCCCAACAGGCAAGCCCGGAGGUGCCUCAGUCCCACCCAGUGCCACAGCCUGCAACUUAUGUCUCUCCACAACCAAACCAACACAGCAUGCAGAUGUCCACCCAACCUGCAUCUCAGCAGAGCCUUCAGUGCUCUAACUACAACACACCUCAAUCAACCCAACUGAGCGACAUGGCACAGGGGGUCCCUUUUGUUCCCCACUCAACUGGGCAAGUUCCACUUCAGGGCCAGAACGUGGCCACCAUCCAGCCAGAGUCAGAGGAGCCUGAGACUGACCAACACCAACAACUACAGCACACUGGAGGAGCCAGUCAUAUGGGAGACAGACUAUCUGGUUCCACCGUCCUUCCCGAAGCCCAGCCUCCUCAAUCUGGAGUAUCCUACAGCUCCCCUCCCAGUCAGCACCUUCAGCCCCAGGUGUCAUGCCCGCAGACACAAAAUGACCAAACGCAACAGCAGCAGUUGUCAGCGGUUCAAGCCCAGAUGCAAGGGGUCCAGCCUGAAGUUGUUCCUGUUGCGCCCAGCAGCCAGUCUGUUCCAGUGGCACUUCCACAGUAUGGAGUUUACUACCAACCAUCGCUUCCCCCUCAGAUCCCCCCCCAGCAAGUGAUGAUACCCCCAUCCUCUCAGUCGUCUCCCCCCCAACAGCAGCAGACAGAGAGCAGUUCUACUCAUCAGAGCUCUACAGUACCACAGGCACAGCCUGGAGUUCAGCAGCUACAGGCCUCUGUGAGUGUUCCUCAGUCAACACCAGUGGAGCAGCCGGCAGGAUCCCCUGCUCUGGUGCCACAAUCUGUAGAAAGCUGCCUGUCGGAUGCCGCUUCAGGUCUCAGUGACGGCAAUGAUGGAAGUUCUACAUCAGGAGGUCGGCAUGAGGGGCGCUCACUGAAGCGUCACCAGCGGCGAUCCGUACGCAGCCGCUCCCGCCAUGAGAAGACUGCAAAGGCCAAGCUAGAUGUUCUCAGCAUCUCUAAUGUAGGAGACAGAGUAGCCGAGUGCCAGCUAGAAACGCACAACAGGAAGAUGGUGACCUUCAGAUUUGACCUCGAUGGAGAUAAUCCAGAGGAGAUUGCACAGAUCAUGGUUCAGAGUGAGUUUAUCUUGGAGAGUGAGCGGGAGUCCUUCAUUGAUCAGGUCCGUGAAGUCAUAGAAAUGGCUGAUGAGAAAAGAGGGGGCAUGAAGGAUGGCUUUCCCCAGAUGGGUGAUCUCCAGCAACAGCCUGAGCUGUCUGUUCCCAUGCUGCCAGGCAUUUCUCCCAGCACUACAGCACAGGUGGUGCAUUCGGCAGGACGAAGGUUCAUAGUCAGCCCUGUGCCAGAGUCUCGUCUUAGAGAACAGUUCUUUGGCGCUUCUUCUGCUAAUACCUCCUUUGGAGAUGAACCUGUCCCCGCUCCCUCCGUGACGUUGGGCCUUUCUCUGUCUGCUCCAUCUGGGACUCUCCAGCAGGCUUUCAGUAAAAUGAAGCAGGCUCGUGUAGAAAGAUGCAGCACCCUUGACCCCCCUCCUACUGAGCAAGAACCAGGCACUGUCCCGUCCACUGAGGCUGGACUCAGCCCAAACUCGAACAAUAUCCUGGCUCCGCCAGAAGUUGUUGCUCCCACCACUAGCACUACUUUUCCUGCUGUGUCUCUCACAUCUACUGCAACGUCCUCGCCACCUCCCUCAACUGGGAGGGUUUCCCCACCACCUAAUCAGUCCCAAACUCCAGCUGCCAUCGUCCCUCCCUCAACUUCCGUCCAAGCAGUACCUGGACCUCAGCUGAGCACAACUGUCUCUUCUGUAGUUAGUGUUACACCCAGUAGUACUGGCAUUGUCCCUGCUUCAGAGCAGCAGACUUUUAAUAGUGCUGUUACAUCUUCUCAACCUACGAGUUCGUCUAUCCAUGUGCCACAGCACUCAACCGCCCAGUGUCAGCCUGUCCCCAUUUCUGCUCAGCCCCCUCCUCCCAGCUCUUUACCCAGUCAGAGCCAGGUUCAGCCACAGCCAGUGGAGUCAGAGGGGGCUGAGCUCCAGACGAAGAUCGCUGGAAGAGAUGAUAUCCAAGCUCUAGAUAAGAAGCUACGGUCUCUCUUUCAAGACCAGAGCUCUGCCUCAUCCUCCUCGUCAGCGGAUCCUAGUCAGAAUACUGACACAACCUCUCCUCCUACUGGGACUACUUCCCCCCCACCUGGAGCCGCCCUGGUACCCCCAUCUAACCUUCCCCUCACCUCUGGGGUGCAGGGUGUGCUGGGCCCCACAGCCACCCCAGGACAGGGUGUCACCCCAGCAGGACAUGCACAGACACCUCCAACUAAGCAAAGGGCACAGACUUUACCUACUGGUUUUGAUCAAGCUGCUACACCUCCAUCUGACCUUGUACCCCCAUUUCCUGGACCAAAUCAGCAACCCUUGGGUAAUUUGGAUGCUGAGUUGAGGAGAGCUCUGAGCCCAGAGACUGUUCAGGGAGGUAAUAAUGUCCAACCUCCAGCAGCAAGUUUCACUCUGGGACGUUUCCAAGUGUCUGUUGCUACUGAUGGUGUGUCUAGCAGCGGUCCAGGUCCCUCGAACAUCGUUUCCCAUCCACCCGUCACUGCGUCCUCUACCUCCUCCUCUACUUCCUCCUCUUCUUCCUCUUCCUCCUCCUCGUCAUCAUCUCCCUCCAGUCCAGAAAACACCCUCCACCGGCCACCCUCUCUGUCCAGAGGAACUUGUGUAACUGACGCUAUAAAUGGAGCAUCAUCUCUCUCUGCUGGUCCUGCCAGUCAGUCCACCACUAUUGGGCGCUUCAAAGUGUCCACGAGCACCAGUGCCACAUCUGGGCCAACCGCCGGCUCUAAAGUGGGACGCUUUUCCGUCACAGUGACCCCAGCUCCAGCAGCAGGCUCCAGUCCAUCACAUGGCAGUGGAAUGCAGAAUGGGCCCUCAUCCUCAAUCUCUGAUCCUCAUAACGCACAUACCCAUUACAGUGGUGACAAUGACGACGACUCAGAGGACGAAGCUUUGCAGAAAGAAAUUAGCCGUCUCAGAGAAAAACACAUGAUGGAGAUCCAGGCCUUGCAGUCACGUCAGAAAGAGGAGAUAGACGCCCUGUUCACACAGAUGGGAAAACAUCCUCCUCAUUCCGUCUUUUCCCCUGCUGUGGCGAUGGCUGGAGGUCGACGUAGGCGCAAAAGCCACAGAUCUGCUCGCAGUAGUGGACAGCCCAGCCCCAUACACUCAGCCUCAGCUCAGAGUCUUCAUGGUUCAGAGUCCACUCCAAAGCAAAGUACACCAUCAGCAACAGAGGCAUCACAAGCAGUUAGCGGGUCAUCCAUACAGCCGCUCAGAUCCUCUCCAUCCAUGCCCAGCCUCAGUAGUUGUUCCACAGGAUCAAGUGGGACCAGCUCAACAAAUGGUUCAGGCCACUGCCAAAACCACUCUACUUCCCUGACCCAGGCGACUGGACCGACUCCUCAUAUCUCUCACACACAGAAGGGCAAGGGCACCUUCACCGACGACCUGCACCAACUGGUGGAUAACUGGGCCAGAGACGCCAUCAGCCUCUCCCAGUGCAAGAAAGGUCCUAAAACUGGAGCACAGGCAGUGCUGGGACAUGAUCUUAUCCCUCCAGCCAGUAUGGGCCGUAAAUUCUCAGCUCCUGGCUACCUCUGCCCAACCCUUCCCACGCCUUCAAGUACCACAUCCACCAACACCACCCACCUCCCCAACCCAGCCAAUCCCUCUGUCCCUUUGGGGCCUCGCAAAGGCUCUCUGGGCCCCGUUGCCCAGGGGUUUGGAUACGCCUCAGCCCCGUACAGUGCUCCUCAGUGGGCCGGACCCACAGGCACAUGCCAGGUCAGCAUGCUUAACCCCGGACAGCCACUAACACAGUACCAGCCACCCACGACAGCCUCAGUGUCCCUGCACCAAGGCUACCACAUGGGAACCACACCAGCCCCCCAGAAAUCAGUCAGCCCCGGAGGGUCCAACCUGAGGCCUACGUAGCCUAGUCAGAGCCGUGGUCCAGGCUGAGUGCAAGGGCCACACAGAGUGGAGUGAGCAGACAGACGUUGAACGAGAACCACUAGCUCGCUUUGCUGGUUAGAUAGCUGGAUACUGUACUUUUCAUUUUUAUUUCAACAUUUAUUAUUUGUUUUCUCUGUAAUAGAGUUGACCUGUGUGGUUCAAGUCCUCUCGGGCAGAACGAAAUCUGACUGGCAAUUGGAGGGAGAGUGCAAUACACAUUCACAGCACAAGAGUCUCGCACUGCUAUUGGCUGUGGAAUUGAGCUGUGACGAGUUGGUUGGUCAUGUCUGGUGAUGUAAUCACCCACAGGCAUAACCAACAGCUGCCAAAGAUGUCUUGAAAGCAGACGUUGCAAUGUCAUCAUUCCUUUUGAAGAGGAGAAGGUAGGAGGGAUUCUGGUUCACAUCCUUACUGGUCCUGACAUUAAACCGAGCUGGGACUGAAGAAAGUUUAACUAAUACAACGCGUAUACACACACACACACACACACACACACACACACACACACACACACACACACACACACACACACACACACCCCCUGACUAAACAUUAACCUGGUUAAGUGACUUUGAACGUUAGAUUAAGUUGUCUCAGAUAGUGAGGGAGGGAGUGUACAGAAAGUGGGAGAUCAGAGUGGGACAGUUGGCGUGUUCCAGAUGGAUUAGAAAAGUGUGACUGGUGGAGUUGGAAGAAGAAAGACAGAGUAAGUUGGGCAGGCAGAGUGUAAAUGAUGGGUUACAGUAUGAAUAUAUCCCACUGGGGACCUAUUAAGUAAAAUGCAAUAAUGGCAAAGAAUAGAUAAAUUGUCCCGCGUAACUGUGGCCUUAAUCCCCAAAUACAUUUAAAACAUUGACUUUGUACAUAUAUAUUUCUUCACUGGGUUAUGAUUCCAUGUCUAGCAUAUUUAUGUCCCUGUGAAAGUCUGGUGUCAUUGUGACUUCAGUUGUCUGUACAUACAGAUUUAUUAUCAUACUCAUUUAUUCUUCACAUCUGAUAUGUAAGCCAGUAGAUCUGCCAUGUAGAAAAGCAUUGUCCUGGUGUUGACCACCAUUCAGAGUUUGAAACUAAGAGUUGAUGCUGCUGUAAAUCACGAUCUGGGUAGAGAAGUUUUUCUUUCUUUUUAACACAAGAACUAAAUCUUGAUAAGAAUCCCAAGUCGACACAUCAUUUAGUGCUUAGCAACUGAGAUAUAAGCAGCUCAAAAUCUGUGAAUCGUACCACAAAUUUCCUCCCAGUUGUUUACACAGAUGGUGCAAAAUACACAGACAGGUUUUUGGUGAAGUCUUGGCAUGUUAAAUGUCUGCGCUCAUAACAUUUAGCAGUCACCUCUUAAAUCACAAGUGUCUGGGGUUCUCUCUUUCUGUGGUCUGUUUUUGUAAGCGUAUAUUUAAAAAAACAAAAGACAAAUGUUCUUUAUGGACCUGUAUUCAGCCAUCAGAUUUUGAUGUUGUUUCACUGUAAUUAUUAUUAAAGGUUGUUAAACAACAUGUAGUUAAAGGAAUAUAAAAAGUGCAAUUGCAGGGUUGUUGUUAAUUGGUAUCCUACCCACCACGCAGGAGUGAUCCUGCAGUCUAUUAAGCUCCUGUCUAUGACUGCCCUGCGCCCUUUUUCUAUUUUAUUGUAUAUAUGUUAAUGUGAGGUAAAUGCUUUCACGUAAUGCUCAGCCACUAGAGUAAGCCUGUGGUGAUCCACUCUUUCAUGCACAUGCACUCUAACCUGUAAACAUGAGGAACACUUUAGUGCCUUGCAUCCUCACUAAUGACAAGUUCCAGAUGCAUCUAGUCCUGUCGCUGUGACUGUAAUGCAGAAACCCAGUUACCUAAACCUGUACACGACAUAAAAAAUGCAACAAGCAUCCCCCGUAACUGUCACACGGCCAAGUCAGAGGACGUUAACACUAGACACCACACACAGGACUGCAGAACAAAGAGCACACUGAGUUAUGUGGCAAUGUUUCUUUUCUCUCUAGUUACAUUUGUGUUGGUUGUGUAAUCAGCUGUGUAUUUAUAUUUGGCUCAUGCGUACAUGGGUUUGGCUGACUUUAGUUUCUGUGGAUUUAUCAUUAAAUUGUUUCAUAGAAGCUCUUGUUCAGGCAGCAAGUGAGCUGUCAACUUUGGUCUCACCACCUCACGAGUGCCAUGCUGUCAUUGCGAUUCAUUCGCCUGCGUGUAGAUUGGACGAAUAGUUAAACUUCUCUAGAGAAAAAAUAAGUUACUGCAAUGCAGAAUAUGCAAUGUUUGAAGUUUUAAUGGGACUGAGGGGCAAUGAAAACAUUUGCAUGCUGAUGAGGGUCGUUACUGACUUGAGUGGUUUUGAUAUUGGAAUAUUAGAUCCUUUUUGUUUUUCUUCUUUGCCUUCUCAAGUCAUCACAAAGUGUUGAUCUGUUCAUUUGCCAUUCACUAGUAUCAUAGACACGACUUCACUAUCAGCAUAUGAUUUCUGCAUGAUGGCUAAACUAAUUUAAUCUUACAAAUGACAACUCACAACGGGCCAGUGUACGGCACAAGCUCACAACAAAGCUUAAGGUCUGUGUUACUAGGCUAAUAGCAGUAAUGAUCACAGACCAGUACUGUUUGAGGCUACUGGCAACGCAGUAAUGUCUGUUGAGCUCUUUUAUCCCUCCUUACUGACUUCCUGUGAUUCAGUGUCUGUUUUGUGUAUGUUUUUCACAUUGUACAAAAUGUAAAAACAAAUAAAAAUAAUAUCAAAACA